GCCAGCUCUCAGCCAGAAUAGAUGUCAGCAUUUCACAAGUGACAGCACACACUAAGGAUAAGUUUGCAGAGGCUGACCUUUUUAUUUUGGUAACUUUUUUUGGAAGGCAACAGAGAGUGAAGCGUUUAGUUUUUGUGGGCUAACAGUAAGCAGAAACAUUUCCAUUAUGGACGUUCAGAGGACAGGGUCUGUGGUCCGACCCCCAAGCCCCAUGGAUAGCUUUGAGAAACAGCUGAGCUGCCCAAUCUGCCUGGACAUGUUCACCAAACCCGUGGUCAUCCUGCCCUGCCAGCACAACCUGUGCCGUAGCUGUGCCAGUGACCUCUACGACUCACGCAACCCUUACCGCUUCUCUGGGGGCGUCUUUCGCUGUCCCACCUGCCGCUUCGAGGUCGUGCUCGACCGCCACGGUGUGCACGGGCUCCAGCGUAACCUCUUGGUAGAAAAUAUCAUCGACCUCUACAAGCAGCAGCAGGAAGGCAGCAACAGCGGGAGCACAGACACCACCCUAAAGCCAAAAGAAUCCAAAGAGCCGAUGUGCCAAGAACACGAGGAUGAGAAAAUCAACAUCUAUUGCAUGACCUGCCAGAUACCUACCUGCUCCAUGUGCAAAGUGUUUGGCCAGCAUAAGGACUGUGAGGUAGCACCUUUAGCAAGUGUGUACCAGACCCAGAAGGCUGAACUGAGUAAUGCUAUCGAUACCCUGGUGGCCAGCAAUGGCCGCCUGCAGGCCCUGCUCAACCAGAUGGAUGAUGCCUCCCGUGCGGUGCAGGACAAUGCUCAGCACGCUAAGCAAGGGCUAGCUGAACGCUUUGACCUGCUGUAUGCCGUCUUGGAAGAGCGCAAGGCUAUUCUACUGGAGCAGAUUGGUAAAGAGCAGGAUGAAAAGGUGGCGGCUCUGCGGGCCCUGGCUCAGCGUUACGGUGAGCGACUGCAGGCCAGCACGGAGCUCACAGACACGGCGGUGAGGGCGUUGGAGCAGGGCGGCGCCGCCGAGUUUCUGUUGGCCUCCAAGGGCCUCAUCGCAAAGACCAAAGACGCGGCUAAAUGCUCGCUGGGCGAAGAGAGGCCAGAGCCGGGCUUCGAGAAGAUGGACCACUUCACUUUGUCGACAGAGCAGGUCGAAGCGGUCCUGGCAAAAAUGGACUUUGGCGUGGGUGAAGAUGAGGAAUUUGAGGAUGCAGAAGAGGAAGAGGAAGAGGAGGAGGAAGAAUAAUGAAAGUCGUAACAGACUUCUAGGAAAUACUGAAAUAUGUGAUUUUAAAGGUUUUUGACACAAGUGUUUAUGGCAGGGACAGCAUUUGAUGUUGAAAAAAAAUCCAAGGCUGCGGUGGAUAUGGGCUGAAAUGGCUUGCCCUUACAUAUAAGUG